GGCAAAAAGAAGCUUGUGAAUGAUGCUAAUCAUGGAUUUGAUGGGUCGGAUGAGAUGUGCUCAUUGGAAGUCUCAUUCUUCUAGAAGUUUAGAAAGAAGCUUGUGAUAUGGUGAAUGGUAUUCAAAGCCAGGUACCGUCCCAUCCAGAUGUACAGUGAGCAUACAGAGUAAGAAUUGUCCAUAGAUCCAUCAGCAUGAGCUUGAAACUUUUGAUUCCCUCAAUUCUGGCCCGACUCUCGAGCUCCAUAUGCACAGAGUAUGCCCCCACGAUGAUCCAUCUGCAAGCCAACAAUAUUUGUACGGUUCAAGGUUCAUUCUACGCCAACGAUGCUGAAGAUCUUUCGUCAAACAGGAAGUUUUGCGGCUGAGUGAUGGUUCUAGGUCAGGAUCGUCGUCACAGCCUUUCACUUGCACAGACACUGACAGUUAUUCAGACAAUCAACUGAAUUCCCCCUGUGUCUUCCGUAUCUAACGGCGAAGAUGUUUCGCUUUACUUGUGCAAUGGUACACGGCAUCACCUCACGAGGUGACAAAUAUAUCUUGUGAUUUGAAACCAGUGAAGCCUUUUGGGUAACGAUGCCCGAUACGUGCUCUAGCGAGUCCAUCGAUGUCUUGUUCACUGUUCUGGUGACAUCAAGUCGCCUAUUGUGAGUCUCGGAUAUGUACUCCGGGUUGGGUAUCUUGGUCUGUCUGUCGAUGAUGAUGAUGAUGAUGAUGAAGCUACCAGGAGCUUCGAGGCCGGAUGGCUAUGCUUGUUUAUCAAACUCACCAUCAACCCCUCGCAACAAUCGCUACUUCCACAGUCCUAAUUUCUAUCGUUCACUUCUCUACUUUCACUAAGGAAUCGAGGUCUGGAGGUAAUAUGUAUCCAUGUUAGAUGCAAGCGCACAUCCUACUGCUGUAUAACAUCUGGCAAUUGCGAGAUUCUAGGCGGUAUGGUUGAAGGAUCUGAAGAUAUACGUCUGGAUUUGGAGUGCUGGAGUCUAAAGAUUGACUAUAAUGAUUGAUGUUGUGACGUCUAGAUGAUGGUGUUUCCA